UCAUCAUACCAGAGCCAUAAGAGGAACACCAUAAUAACCUGGAGAAACCAUGAAUGCUGCAAUACUCAUAUUCAGCCUCCUCUUGUUGAAUAUACAACUUGCCAGUAUGUCCGAAGUCCCACUAUAUUACGGUUGGUUCCUGGAGCCAGAAGGGGAGAGGCGCAUCGUGCAGAUGGCAAGCUCCUACUAUGACCAACUGUUGGAGAAACCGAGUGCUGUGAGAGAGAUGCUAAACAACUUCAAGCUUGAAGGCAACAACUCGUCCGCCCUCUCGAGCUAUUUCACGCGAGAUGGCCUGGACAGUUCGAGUUCUACACUCCACGUCACGGCGAUGUUUUGCGGGAGAGGGAGCGUUCCAGAAUGCCGACCAUACAUGGAAAAACCUAAACUGAAGCCAGCAACUGGCAAGGAAUAUCGCCUGGAAGUCAUAGGCUUUGUCAUCACGCCUAAGACACUGGGUGCGAGGAUACAGCUCUCUAGUGAGCAGUUGGAUGUCUGGGGUCAGAACGACAAUAAAGGCGAAACAAGUUCAGUUAACAAAUGCUGCAGCAAUUUAGAUCUGGGGGAAAAUCGUACAGAUGCUGGCGAUUUCCAACCUAUUGUUGGUAAAGGAAGCCGUGCCCAUGCGACACUCUCUUGCGCCAAUGGAGUCAGCCCUGUUCAGACUGGAUACGAUUUAGUCGCUGCAGUCAACUGUGAGGAACACUGUAAAAAUGACUCGCGCUAUUUUUCAUUGUCUGGGGCUCGGGGACGUUAUUAUGGAAACGGGGAAUUCGCGAUCUAUCUCGAUAAACCGAACUUCUUCAAUAGCAGAUUUGUCGCAUAUAUAAACAGUGACUCAAUCAUGUCAAUUAGAAACGGUUCAACCCGCUUUGGUUUGAGUUGGGACAUGAUAUCAGUCAUACUGCUGGUGACGCUCACUUUGAGGUAUAGAGUGCUUUAACGUGACGUCAUCACAUGCAUGCCCUGCUGCAGGGACAGAAAAGAAAGCAAGUCCAAAUUACUAUGACGGC